GGAGAGGAAAAAAAAUAGACGGGGCAUGAGUCGAGUUUCUCUCUUUCCUCGUUUUUUUUAACGCGGUUCACCACAUUUCAUUCAGUUGGAAACUCCGACGUCCUGGGCGUACCUAUCAGGUUUUUUCUUUUUUUUUUUCAUGACAGAGGAGUAAGGUGAGAGACGGGGUCACAGCCCCAUAAAUACUUGCUGUGCCGGAGACUUUGGAUGGAUCCUGGAGGAGUAAAUACUGCCGAGGAGAGCGCGCACGCACGAGGGGAGAGCCUAUUUCUGGACAAGCUGAUCAUUCAUUGAUAGAUAGUCAAACUGUAAAAAGUUUGAAAGUUGUUGGGUGAUUAUCAUGGGAAAUCUAUGAUUCCUCACUGGAAGACUUUUAAAGUUUUUUUUUGUCUCCCAGAGUGCAAUGUAGUUCAACUUAACAUCCCAAAGUGAUCCACUGGUCAACAUGAAGUCUGCGCUUCCACCUUUGAACCGUGCGCUUCUUGGACUUGCCUGGAGCUGUUUGAGUUUUCUCUCCUGCGCUCAUUGCGGUUUAAGUGACAACCAUGUGCACUCCAGUUUUAUAUACAGGAGGUUGCGCAACCACGAGCGCAGGGAGAUCCAGCGGGAGAUCCUCUCCAUCCUGGGCUUGCCGCACCGGCCCAGGCCCUUCUCCCCCGGGAAGCAGGCGUCCUCCGCGCCGCUCUUCAUGCUCGACCUAUACAACGCCAUGGCCGUGGAGGAGGAGGCGGAGGGCUUCCCGCAGGGCUUCCCGCAGGGUUUCCCGCAGGGCAUCCCGCAGGGCAUCCCGCAGGGCGCGGGGAAGAGCCUCGGUGCCAACAAGGCUCAAGGGCAUGCCAGGAAAAGCUACUACAACCCGCAGCACGCUGGCUAUUCCCGGGUGACGCAGCCCCACCGAGCGACCCCUCUGCUGGGCCACAGCCCGCUCACCACGGCGCACGACAACAACUUCCUCAAUGACGCCGACAUGGUCAUGAGUUUUGUCAAUUUAGUGGAGAGAGAUAAAGAUUUUUCUCACCAAAGAAGACACUACAAGGAGUUCCGUUUUGAUCUGACUCAGAUCCCAGAUGGAGAGGCUGUGACGGCGGCAGAGUUUCGGAUCUAUAAGGACCGCAGUCAAGCCCGCUACGACAACAUGACCCUGAAAGUUACAAUAUAUCAAGUCAUUAAGGAAUACAACAACAAAGAUGCUGAGACGUUCUUGCUCGACUCCAAAAAUGUCCAAGCAUCUGAUGGUGGCUGGCUAGUGUUUGACAUAACAGCCACCAGUAACCACUGGGUGAUGAAUCCACAGCUGAACCUGGGCCUGCAGCUCUGUGUGGAAACUGCAGAUGGAAGAAGUAUCAACAUGAAAUCUGCUGGAAUCAUCGGGAGGAACGGGCCCCAGUCCAAACAGCCGUUCCUGGUUGCUUUCUUUAAGGCCAGUGGGGUGUUGCUUCGCUCCGUCAGAGCUGCUGGUGGGAAGAAAAAGAACCACAACCGCAAUAAAUCUAGUAAUCAACAAGAAUCUUCAAGGACACUAAAAGCCGGAGAUUAUAACACCAGUGAACAGAAGCAGGCCUGUAAGAAGCAUGAGCUCUAUGUCAGCUUUCGAGACUUGGGCUGGCAGGAUUGGAUCAUUGCACCAGAGGGCUACGCAGCUUUUUACUGUGAUGGGGAAUGCUCGUUUCCUCUCAAUGCUCACAUGAAUGCCACAAACCAUGCAAUUGUCCAAACCCUGGUCCAUUUAAUGUUUCCUGACAAUGUGCCAAAGCCAUGCUGUGCCCCAACCAAACUCAACGCAAUAUCAGUACUUUACUUUGAUGACAGUUCAAAUGUUAUCCUGAAAAAAUACAGAAAUAUGGUCGUCAGAUCAUGCGGGUGCCAUUAGUCGUGAGGCUGUUUAAUUUAUGCAACCUGAUACGGGAAUCGCUGGAAAACACAUCUGCUGCAGGUGUGGUGUGAUGUACAGUAUUAUGUAUAUAUAGUUUUAUUACAUAAUUUAUUUUCCUUUUUUGAAAAUAGCACUGAAUAUUGUGAUAUUUAAAUGAUUAGGACAAAAUAUUGAGUUUACUUUAUAUCAUUUACCUUCUGUGUCCGUUGGCAUAUAUUCUUGUCUGUGUAACAUUUAUGGUUAAACUGUCCACUGGAGUCAUUAUUGUUCUGUUUUUUUUUCUUUUCACCUGUAAAAUUGUAAAUUAUACUCAUUAUAUACUUCAUGUCUUUUCUAUUUCUUUUAUUAGUUAAAUGCCCAAAUGUAUUGUCCAUAUAUAAUUAAUAUAAACAGAAUAAUGUCAUGAAUUAAAGGACCAUAAGCUGAUUUUAUUAAUAAAAAAAUUAAUUAAAAAAGGGAAAAACAUCAGUGUGAUACUUUUGGUACAAACAUCCCAUAACAGACUGUAUUGUUUUAAUGAACUAACUGCCUGGAACUUUUUUCAAGCUACCAUUUCAAAAGUUUUUAUCUUUUAAUUUGUUUUUUUUUAACUUUAUAUGAAUAUGUUUUUCUCUCAUUCAUGAACUUUAAAUGCCUCAUUUAAGCUCCCCACUUCCAUCCAGAUGUAGGUCCUCCAGCCUCUUCAGAUUCAUCUUGCUCUUUUGUGUUUUUGUUUGGAGCUCUACGGAUGUUUUGCAUUCUG